UCAUUUAAAUAAAACUAGUAUUAUUCGGAUUUACUACGCGGAUUUUUAUUAUUUAAAAACUACAUAAUCCCGACGUUUCGGCUACUUUGCAGCAACCGUGAUCACGGGCAGACGAGGUGUGAAUGUCUGUCAGUUGGUCCUUGUUAUUUAUCAUCUACCGCCAUCGAUUUCUUAAUUUUCUGGCGUACCGCUCUGGAUGCCGGCAGAAUGCGCUCACGGUGUCUUGAGGUCCUGCGGUGUGGUUACAGACAUGGGAUUUAAUAUUUUUAAAAACGGGGUCCCAGGUGUUUGAAAGAUUCCAGCCAUCUUCUCUAUUGAAAUUGGAAGAGAGAAGAGAAGAGAAGAGUCUGAAGCAAUCCGGCAGGAUGUUUCGUAUGUUCUGCGCCGGAGCAAAUUGCCUCGACAAAAUAUCUCUCGUCAAGAAUCGGUUGCACUCAAACAACUUCGCAACAAUGAAGACCUGACUGUCCUCCGUGCAGAUAAAGGGAACGCGACCGUAAUAAUGGAUACGAGUGAUUAUGAUAAUAAAAUAAUCGAAAUUCUUUCGGAUAACUCUAUUUAUAAAAAAGUUAACAAAGACCCGACAGCUAAAGUUUUAACAGAAACAAAAUUUCUCAUAAAUAAAUACAGUUCAAAACUCAAUCUAGAUAUCAAAUCACUCGUACCAUCGUGUGCAAAACCUCCAAAAUUGUAUGGGUUACCUAAAAUCCAUAAACAGGAUGUUCCACUACGCCCAAUAGUAAGCCAGAUUGACUCACCCACUAAUAAACUGGCUAAAUUUCUUUCAAAAAUAUUAUCACCUCUCCGGGGCCACACAAAGUCAUUUGUUAAGGAUUCCUACCAGUUUGUCAAAGAUUUAAAACACCUAAAAUUGAGCGACAAUGACAGUAUGGUCAGUUUCGAUGUACAGUCAUUAUUCACUAGUAUACCUGUUCUUGACUGCAUUGAGAUUGUAAGAGGAUGAAUUCUACAUACAAGUAGAUGGAGUUGCAAUGGGUUCACCGGUUUCCCCCGUUGUCGCUGACAUAUUCAUGGAGGACUUCGAGGUGCGAGCCCUUUGCUCUCCUCCUAUAAGACCUUUAAUAUAUAAACGGUAUGUAGAUGACACCUUCACAAUAUUAAAUAAAAAUAAAACCUCUGCUUUUCUGAACCAUCUUAAUUCUAUCAAUAGUAAGAUUCAGUUUACUAUAGAAUUGGAGGCAAAUAAUUCUUUAGCUUUCCUUGAUAUACUUGUCGUUAGGAACCCUGACAAUACUUUGGGACAUACUGUUUAUAGGAAACCCACACAUACGGACAGGUACCUCAAUGGUUACUCACACCACCACCCUAUCCAGUUAGCUACCGUUGGCAAAUCUUUGUUACAGAGAGCCCAACAUCUUUGUGAUGCUGACCACCUAGAGGCCGAGCUGCAGCAUGUAAAACAUGCUCUCACUAUCAACAACCUGCCCGUGCCUCGCCAGCAUCGCAAGAACCACCUGAAGCCACCCACAGUUGAACGACAACCUGCGAUACUACCAUAUGUGAAGGGAGUUACUGACAGAAUAGGCAACAUCUUGAAGAAGGUUUCCAUUAAAACUAUUUACAAACCACAUAAGAAAGUGAGCCAAUUCUUGAGACCAAUCAAGAGUAACAUUCCUUUGCAACAAGCGGGUGUAUACAAACUCGAUUGUGACUGUGGCUUGUCAUACAUUGGACAGACGAAGAGGAGCAUCGGUACUAGGGUUAAAGAACACAUCUCAGACAUCAAAAACAGGCGCGCGUCGAAGUCAGCAGUGUGUGAACACACAAUGGACAAACCAGGCCACUACAUUCGGUUUGAUAAACCUCAAAUCCUCGCUCGGGAAGACAAGUACAUACCGAGAUUAAUUCGCGAGGCUAUUGAAAUAAAAAAACAUCCCAAUUUCAAUAGAGAAGAUGGCUGGAAUCUUUCAAACACCUGGGACCCCGUUUUUAAAAAUAUUAAAUCCCAUGUCUGUAACCACACCGCAGGACCUCAAGACACCGUGAGCGCAUUCUGCCGGCAUCCAGAGCGGUACGCCAGGAAAUUAAGAAAUCGAUGGCGGUAGAUGAUAAAUAACAAGGACCAACUGACAGACAUUCACACCUCGUCUGCCCGUGAUCACGGUUGCUGCAAAGUAACCGAAACGUCGGGAUUAUGUAGUUUUUAAAUAAUAAAAAUCCGCGUAGUAAAUCCGAAUAAUACUAGUUUCGUCAUAAAACUUAAUUUAAAACUAUUAAAAACCGACAUAUCGCAUAGCUACGGGUAAUCGUUUAAAAAAAUUAAGCUUUAACUAGUACUUAAGUGUUUUUCAUCCCAUGACGUAAUGUACCUGCAUUUUUAUUUUUUUACACGGCUAUUUUGUAUUCUUAUUAAAGCUUUAAAUGGAUGUUGUAUUAUUAUAGUGCCUUAAAAUAAAAUAUUAUUUUAUA